AUGGAUCCGCAGGCGUGGAACCAACGCCGCGAGCGGCCGCGCUCCGAUUUGUCUGGCGUGGAUUCGAUCAUGAAUGCGUACGUAGAGCGCUCAGACACUCCCGUGACGUACAUGAUGAUGGGGGAAGCUUUGGAAGACGCAAUUAACGUGCGCGAACCGAGACCGAUGACGUCCCCUGCGCAGGAGCAGCAACAGCAGCUAAAACCACCACAAGUGCCGCAUAAACAAACGAGACUCUUAGACGCACCCACAAUAGAGCGCACAGAUCGACCCUAUUCGCCUCUGGUGUCGCAAGACAUCGAGACAUUCGAGCCUGUGACCCGUUCCUUGUCAAUGAAUCAUACGAAUCUGAACUUGCUUCGUCAAUCUGAAAGUACGACGUCUGGCGUGAACUUAUUUCGAAGUUCUGGUAAUACAGAGUCAGCGUAUGAUGAUACGUUCUCUUAUGUUUUGUCAAAGUCUGAUUGUUCCAUCAAGGAUGAUCAGGACGACGGAUAUAUCGAUUCAGUCAUUGAUAACAAAACAUCGCGUCCAGCAAGUACUGCUUCAGCUUCUUCCUCGGAUCAAGACCACAUCAUAAGUCAGUACAUCGAUUCACCCAAGCCAUCCCUCGUGCGCCGGCGCCCGACAGAGCCAUCGACACCCACCUACGACCGGCAAGGUCUGCGGCGACAGCGUCUUCUCAGUCGCGCACGCGAUAGAGAUGCCGACAGGGACAGCCUAAGUUCAUUUGGUAACCAUUCAGGAUUUGAUUCAGACGAAUCGCUCGCAAAGCGAAGUGGUUCAGCGCGCUCUACCCGUAUACUGCCAGUGCCGGACAUGUAUGCAGGCACUGCUGCUGACCGUUCCGUGGUCUCGUUAGCUGACCAGUCUAGUGACCAGCUUCUGAUGCAAAAUGACUACAACUCACUCACACUCGCCGAUGCCGCACGCGUCGAUGAACUCAUGGAAGCUGAUCGUGAGUGGGAUGAAAAGACGCCGAAGCUGCAUCAGACGUUUUCGAUGCGAGGAUGUGUGAAUAUGACGAUGCUUAUCCUGCUUCUUUUGAGCACUUUGAUGUUGUUUCUCGGAUAUCCUGUGUUGCAUGCUUAUACUGAGCACAGACACAACGAAGCUCGACAGACGCCAGUGGACACAAACCUAGAAGCGAUUUCUGCACUACCAAGGUCUCGAAUUGAUCCUUCUACACCGCACGAUGCACUGACCCGCCAGAACACAUAUAACAACAAAACGAUGCGACUCGUCUUUAGUGACGAGUUCGAAACGCCUGGUCGGAGUUUCUAUGCUGGUGAAGAUCCAUUCUGGGAAGCCGAGAGCUUGCACUACUGGCAGACAAAGAACUACGAAUGGUACCAUCCAUCGGCGAUCACAACUGUGAAUGGCAGUCUUAUGAUCAAGUUGUCGCAAUAUGCUAUGGAAGGGCUCAAUUUUCGUGGUGGGCUCUUAACAUCAUGGAACAAGUUCUGCUUUACAGGCGGCUUCGUCGAAACGAAACUGAAAUUGCCCGGCCGCAACAACGUGUCAGGACUUUGGCCAGCUGUGUGGGCGAUGGGCAACUUGGGUCGAGCUGGGUACGGUGCUUCUACCUAUGGAUUAUGGCCAUACUCGUACGAUGUAUGUGAUGUUGGCACUCUUCCGAAUCAAACGUACUUGGCGAGCCAGGGCGGAGGUCCUCUCGCUGCGGAAACAACAGGGCGUUAUGUGGAAGACUUUGGCCCCGGACUUAGCUAUUCACCAGGCCAACGUCUGAGCAGAUGUACUUGUCUCGACAGCGACGACCAUCCAGGGCCGCGGCAUGAAGAUGGGACUUGGGUCGGCCGCUCAGCUCCAGAAAUUGACUUGAUUGAGGCACUGGGCAACAAUGGGCCUGAAGAGCAUGGUCAGACGUCCAUGUCGCUCCAGAUAGCACCGUUUGAUGCCGCAUACAACGUGUCAGAUCCAAGUGGUCUUCAUGCAACUUCCAGCGACAAGCAUGGGGCCAUCAUCAACGAUUACACCGGUGCCGUAUUCCAACAAGCAGUCUCGGCGAAAGUCAACACGUCCGACGGCGCAUACACUAUGACGGAGAAUGAGUGGGAUACCUACGCGUUUGAAUACAACCCAGGUGUUGAGGAUGACUCCUAUAUCAGGUGGUUUAUGUCUGGCGACCAAGUGUUUCAGAUUGACGCCAAGGCGCUAGGGCCAAACAACAAAACAGAAAUUGGUGCACGUCAGAUUCCUGUGGAACCGAUGUACUUGAUCAUGAAUUUGGGCAUUUCAGCGUCCUUCAGCUGGAUCAACUGGGACGAGAUCAUGAGGGGCUGGCAGGAGGACAGCAAUAAUUAUGCGAUGUAUGUGGACUAUAUUCGAGUAUACCAAAACGAAGACGAAAUCAGUGAAGACAGCCUGUCGUGCAGUCCAAGCAAGUACCCAACUUUCGAAUACAUUGAACGACACAAGGAAGUAUAUACCAAUCCGCACCUGACAACAUGGACCGAGCCACCCGAAAAAGGUGGCUACAACCACUCAUUCCCCGGUAAUGUCAUGCUGGGACAAUGCACAUAG